GGUGAAGAAAAAAUAUUAUAACAUGAAAGACAAAACAAAGACAAAAAAUGAUGAGAUGAGGAGGCCAGGCACUGGAGGAGGGCCCCGGGUGAAAGAGUUCACCAUUCCGGAGGGGAUUCUCCUUCAGCAUUUUGGGGAUUCCGCCUCUGUGGCAGGGGUCCCCAAUGCAAUUGACACUGAUGCUCCAGAGGGUGCUUCAAUCAACAUCAUUGAACUGGGCAAGAUGCCAAUAGAUGGUAGCACUUGCAUGACGUUCAAGAUAGAUGAAAGAGGACUAGGAGCUCAGAAGACGUCAAGUGUAUUCCAACGUGCACUGGAAGAUGAAGCUGGGCCAUGCUCAUCAGGGACCAAGACCAAUACCAAAUCAAUGAAAAUGGCCAACAAAAACCAGAGUAAAAGAGCUAGGGCAAGUUUCAACAAAUUGGCUGAGGACAACCUAAUAGCAGAAAAGAAGAACAUCCAUCUGCAACAAGUAAAUCUAAGAUUGAAGAAUCAAUUGAUACUGGCACAACUGAAAGUUGCUAGAUUAACGGCCCAAAAAAUUGAAGAAGAAAUUAAAAUGUUAAAAGCAAGCAAUGAAUGUUAACCCUUUACCACUUAGUUAUGCAUUUUCACACAUUUGUAGUCCCUUAAAAGUUAUAUUUAAUUUAAGACCUUUAUUACUAGAUUCAAGUUGUUAAGGCUUCAUAUCCAAACCUUAGAUACUGAUGAGCAGCAAACAGCAUAAAACCUGAACAGCCUGCGAGUUACUUGCAGGCUGUUCUGGUUUUAUGCUAUUUGCCCAUAGCCAUUUUCACUUUGCUUCUAAGUGGGAAAGGGUUUAAUCUACAGUCUCAAAUGAUGCCAUCCAAAUUGUUAUUAUUGAUAUUUUUACACAAAGUUUUGAAGUUAUUUUUGAGUAGAUGGAUGUUCUUCUUUUCAUUAUUUAACCCAUUUAUGCCUAGCGUCUAGAAAAAAGGCCUUGGCAAACAGCGAAGACUCAGAUGGGACGCCACAUCAUGUGGCGUCUCAUCUGGGUCUACGCUGUUUUCUUAAUAGAAUUUUUGUAAGAAAUAUUAUAAAUAUAGAAAUAUAUAGGCUCAUAUUCACAAACAGUUCUUAUCCCCCGCCAGGGGCAGAGGGAUAUUGUUUAGGCGUUGUCCGUCCGGCCGGCUGUCCAUCCGGCACUUUUGUGUCCGGAGCCAUAUCUUGGAAGUGCUUUGGCGGAUUUCAUUGAAACUCGGUAUGAGUAUAUAUAUGGAAAAGAGGAUGAUGCUUGCCAUAUGGCAUUGUACACCACCGGUUAAUAAUGGGGUUAUGGCCCUUUGUAUCUUGAAAAAAUGC